AUGGCGACUACGGGCAAGAGAAAGGCAGACGCGGACAUGGGUCGCCCCAAGAAGACAGCUCUGGAUCACGAAGAGGCUAGAUGGGGAAGAAGGGGGAGCCUGCUGCCUCCGCCUUCGCGGGCGAUGUCGUCGGGAUUCGUGGAGGGCUCCAUCGUUCGUAUCACCAUGGAGAACUUCCUAACCUAUGAUACCUGUGAAGUAAUUCCAGGACCCAACCUGAAUAUGAUAGUUGGAGCUAAUGGAACAGGGAAAUCCAGCAUAGUUUGUGCCAUUUGUCUUGGAUUGGCAGGUAAACCAUCUUUCAUAGGCCGAGUAGAUAAGGUUUGCUCUUACGUGAAGCGAGGAUGUGCCAAAGGCUCAGUUGAAAUUGAAUUGUUCAGGGCAUCUGGAAAUGUCACAAUUACUCGAGAGAUUGAUGUGCUUAAAAAUCAAUCAUCGUGGCUCAUUGAUAAAAGAUCUGCAACUCAGAAAGCAGUAGAAGAGCAGAUAGCAGCUUUGAAUAUCCAAGUAGGCAAUCCAUGUCAAUUUCUUCCUCAGGACAAAGUUGGAGAAUUUGCAAAACUCAGCAGAGUUGAACUUCUUGAAGCUACUGAGAAGUCAAUUGGUCCUCCAGAAAUGCACAAGUUUCACUGUGAACUCAAAAACUUCAGAGAGAAAGAAAAACUACUCCAGAUCGCAUGCAAAGAGAAAAGUGACUAUUUGGAGAAAUUGAAACAGAGUAAUGAAAGACACAAGCAAGAUGUGGAGAGGUAUUAUGAAUGCAAACGCCAUUUGGAUUUAAUUGAGAUGCUUGAAGCAAAAAGACCAUGGGUGGAAUAUGAAAAUGUUCGCCAACAAUAUGAAGAAAUAAAACAAAAUCGUGACCAAUUAAAGGAAGAGCUCAAAAAACUCAAAGAGACACAAGGCCCUCUAACACACAAAAUUCAAGAGUAUGAAAAGCAACGCCGACAAUUGGAUAACCAGGUCAAAAUGAAGAGUAAUGAAAUUAGAAAUACAUCUUAUAAAUGCAAAGAAAAACAAGAUGCAUUAGAAAAGAGAGAGAAACAAAUUGAAGAAGCAAAGCAAGCUUUCAGAAUGAAGCGAGAUGAUGAAGAUAAUCGAUUGCAGAAAAUAAGUAACACUCGUAAGAUGAUCGAUGAUUUGAGAAAUGAAAUUGAGUCCAUAGGAAGUUGUGAGAAUCUGCAGCCUCAAAUUGAUUCCCUUAACCGUGAUCUAAAACAAGUGCAUGAGGAAAAGUCAGCAAUUGAUGUAGAGAUAAAUGAGAGGCUGAAAGAGGUGGAAAAUCUAAAAAAAGACCAAGAAACUAUAACUACUCGUAUUAGAUGCCUUGAUAACUUGUUGAAACAACGAGAAGAGAAAUUGAGAAUAAGAUACCGUGAUACACAUGAUGCUGUUAUGUGGCUAAGAAAAAAUAAAAACAGAUUUAAGAAAACAGUUUUUGAACCUAUAGUGCUCAUGAUUCACGUAAAAGACUAUAAAAAUGCCAAAUAUAUUGAAAAUCAUAUUCCAUCAAAUGAUUUGAGAUCUUUUGUAUUUGAAAGUCAAGAAGAUAUGGAAUAUUUUCUCAAAGAGAUGCGUGAUCAUCUUAAAUUAAGAGUGAAUGCUGUUUGUAUCCCCAGUAUUACAUAUGCAAACAGAGUACCCACAAGGGCCCUAAAUGAUCUGAAGAAAUAUGGACUUUUUUCUUACCUAAGAGAGUUAUUUGAUGCACCUCAAUUUGUGAUGAGUUACCUUUGCUACCAGCAUCAUGUUCAUGAUGUCCCUGUAGGAACAGAAAAGACCAGAGCAAUAAUCGAGCAGGUUAUCCAUGAAACCAAACUGAAACAACUUUACACAGCUCAUGAAAAGUAUGUAGUGAAAACUUCUGUUUAUUCAAAUGACACCAUUUCAAGCAACACACACCUAAAAACAGCCCAGUUUCUCACAUUUACUGUGAAUGUACAAGAAAGAAGACAAUUGGAAGAGCAAGAUAAGGAAAUAAAGGAAAGAUUUCAGACACUAGAUACAGAGUUAACAACUUUCUAUGAAAAAAUCAAACAUCUUGAACACAGAGACAAUGAAUUCAGAAACCAAAAGAAGGACCUUCAAGACAGGAAAACCAAAAAGAAUCACCUGGAACAAAAAAUUGGUUCCAAAUUAGAUAGUUUAAAAUCAUUAGAAGAGACUACUUACAAUCUUGAAGCAGAGGAGAAGACGACAAAUGCCAAAAUCAAAGAAAUUAAUGUCCAGAAAGCAAUGCUGGUUUCUGAAUUAUUGAGCCUAAUUAAGGAUUGCACAACGUUGAAUGUACAAAAGGUAGAUUUAGUUCUUGAGCUAGCCACUGAAGGCUAUGAGAAGAACAAAUUAGAAAGAGAAUAUAAAGCUACAACAUUAAACCUGCGACAACUAGAGCAACAAUUCAAUGAUUUUGGUGAAACUAAACGUAGACUUCUAGAGAAGUGCAAAGAACUUAUGAAGAAAGCUAGGCACAUAUGUAACCUUGGCCCAGACCAGAGCAUUCCUCAAGAGUACCAGACAGCUUUCCAAGAUCUCCCAAACACAGUGGAAGAAAUUGAUUCUUUACUUGCUGAAGAGAAGACUAGGGCUUCUUGCUUCACAGGCCUGAAUGCUUCAGUUGUUGAAGACUACAAAGAAAGAGCACAAGAAAUACAACAGUUAACUGAAGAACUAGAGCAAAAGACAAAUGAGCUGGAUAACUAUAGACAGACCAUUUCAAAGGUUAAAGAAAGGUGGCUCAAUCCUUUGAAACAUCUGGUAGAACAAAUCAAUGAAAAAUUUGGCAGCUUUUUUAGUUCCAUGCAAUGUGCUGGUGAAGUAGAUCUCCAUACAGAAAAUGAGGAAGACUAUGAUAAAUAUGGAAUUAGAAUUAGAGUCAAAUUUCGCAGUAGCACAACACUGCACGAACUAACUUCCAGUCAUCAGAGUGGAGGUGAAAGAAGUGUUUCUACAAUGUUAUACCUAAUGGCACUCCAAGAACUUAACAGAUGUCCGUUCAGAGUGGUAGAUGAAAUCAAUCAGGGAAUGGACCCAGUCAAUGAAAGACGAGUAUUUGAGAUGGUUGUAAAGACUGCCUGUAAAGAAACUACAUCUCAGUAUUUCUUAGUUACACCAAAGCUUCUUCAAAAUCUCACUUACUCUGAAAAGAUGACAGUAUUAUUUGUCUACAAUGGCCCUUACAUGCUAGAGCCAAAGAAAUACAAUUUAAAGGCUUUCCUUAGGAGAAGACGACGUAUUGGAGUUAGCCGAAUGGAUCAGUAAUGAAAGAAAAAAGGGUCUUUGGAAUUUUGCCUUAAAACUAUGUUUAUAAUUACAGAGCUAUUGAGUGAAAAUGAAGAAGUUUGCUGAACCUACAAAGAGCAAGACUUAUUUUUGGAAACCCACUUUCAAAUAUAAGUAAGGUGAUAAGGUUGAAACCAUGUAGUUAAUUUUUCUUCUUGCUCCUUUUGAAAACUUACUGGUAGUUGGAGUUACCCUAUUUAGCCUUUGUCUAUCUUGGGACCUUAGCACCCCAGUGUUAAUUCAUUGAGGUUCUAUGUAAAACUUUGAGUGUGUAAUCAAACUGUGUCAUAUAAUAUGUGGAAAUACAAGUUACAGAGUUAGGUGGUUUGUGCUCACAUAGCUAUUGACAGAACGACCAUAAGUUAAAUGUAGAGACCUAAGUAAUUUUUAAAACUUAAAGAUGGUUUUGAAAGCUUAGGUCAUAAUUUUUCUUCUAAGGUCCUUAUAUUUUAAAAAAUGAUUUGAAAAUUUUUGGUCAAAAGUAUUCAUCAGUGCUAGUUUCUUUCUACUAUGGGAUAUACCUUUGUUCUUUUGAAAAUUUUAAAAAAAAAAACCCUUUUAUGGAAUUUGAAGUUUUUGUCCUAUUUGUAUUUCACCCUCUUCCAGUCUUCCCCUCCAAUUAAGGAUAUAGGUUUAAAAAAUGGUAAUAGGACUUCUUUGAAGUACCACAAAGUAGACUUUGGAAGCAGCACAAAUAAAACCAAAAAACUUCCAAAGAAAAAAAUCAGGUGUCAAGGUUGUUGAGGGAAAAAAAUAACUCUUUAAGGUUUUUGUAUUAAAAGUAAAUUUUAUUUUCCAUUUUAAAUCUUGAGAAAUUUUAUAAUUUGGGAAGAAUUAGUAUGGGAUUCAUAUGUGCCGGGAUUUGUUUAUAUCUAAAAUUCUUAAAUAUUUUACAUUGAGGAAAAGUGCAUUCAUUUAUUCAGAAUGUAAACAGUUCUUAAAACUUCAUUUUUAUUGCACUUCUGUAAUUAAAUUGGUUGUUUCUAUUGUCUCAAAUCUAAUUUAAAAAAAUUUUUUUAGUCAGUGAAAAACCAGUUAGAUACUUUUUUAAUUGAAGAUAUCCCCACUCAGCAGUGCAAAAGCAAAUUCUGUACAUUUUUGAAAUAAUAUAUUUUGAGAACAAAGGCUUGCUCUAAGAACAUGUCCAUUUGUUUAAAUGGACAAAUUGUCCAUUUGUUUAAACAUGUAUUGUUGAUUAUAAUGUCUAUUCAAUGUCUGCUCACGCUAAGUGAGGAGUUGAACUCAGUGCAAUUUAUAUAUGUAUAUAUUUUAAAUAGCCUUCAAAUUUGAUAUUUUUCUUAGGUCAAGAAUUAAUGGUGUUAUAGCUUAUACUCUUUCAGCCUAGAGAUUCUCUCAGUGGGAAAGAGUCAGAUUAGAAUUUCCUGUAUAAAAAGUUUAAAUGAAAACCUUUGUUUAUUAAGUCUAAUGAAUGAACCGUGUAAAUAUUUCUACUUGUGAGUUUAUCAAAUCACUUUAUUAUUUUGUUCCUCAUAGAAAUUCUGAAACUUGGUAAUAUUUUGGUUUUAUUCUUAAGUAUAUUAAUUUUUGCUAGUUAAAUCUCCGUCUGUUAUUUAUGUGGUUAAUGUAAUAAUAGAUUUAAUUUUUUUAUUCUGGAUUCAGUCAUGGUAUUACUUUUUGGCAGGAUAAAGAUUUAUGGAAACAAGCUCAAAGAUGCCAUAUAUACUAUAUAAAAAUAAGAUGGUUAGUGACAUUUCAAUUUAUAUAUAAUAAUCAUUUCUUCAUAUGCAUUCAGAUUUUUGUACUGAAAAAAGUGAAUUGUGGUUCCCCUUUGAAAUAUACUGACUGCAAAGAUAAAUUAUGUAGCAUUCUAAUACAAAAGUUUAAAAAGUACAAAGAAUGAAAAGUCUACCAAAGUCAGUUCCUCAAUGUAUAUUUUCAACCACUUGUAAUUUCAACUGUCACUUUAAAGGGGAAAAAAAGCAAAUUCUGUUUGCACACAAUUCAUAAAAACAUCAAGUGAGAGCAAGAUUUAACUAAUGUGAUAUUCAAAAAUUUUAGUGGCAUAAAGGGUAAAGAUUUUCAGUAUUCAAAGUAAGAGGAAAAUAUUUUGAUAUUUUCUAAUUAAUUUUAAUAUUUUUCUUUUGUAUAUUUCCUUCAAGAUUAUACCAUUUCAUAAAGUCCAUUCUUCUGACAUUUUUAUCCAAAAAUAUUACUAAAUAAAGAAACAAUGAACAAAAGCCUUAUCUUACAGGAAUUAAUGGAUGGGUAGUGAGGGAUUGAGACUGAGGAGAAAGGACAGCCUACCACCUUGUUGUUGGGAAAUUUGGAAAUAAAUCUAUAUUUUCAUAUCUUUUUGGUGAAAAUUAUUUUGAACUGAAACAAAGUCAUACUUUUGACAUUAACAAAUCAGAUUUGGAGUUCAGUGUGUGAACUAACAUAAAAUGUUUAGGGAAAAAGCUAUUAAGAUUUAUAGUUUUAGCCAUCUUUAGUUUUUAUCCCAACUGCAUUUUAAAAAAUUUAAAUAUGUAAAAAUAUUUAAAACAUAUGUGGAACAUUUUGCUGUCACAAUGUCCAAGAACUCAUUUCUGUAUAAAUAUGUGUGACUUAGUGAAAAGAUAGUGAAUAGAUUUUCUUUCUUUACUGUCCAGUGAAUUUAGUAUCCUUUAUUGUUGAAAAGAUGGAAAUCAUUGAUCUUGAGAAAUUCUUUUUUUAAAUCUUGACUUACAUAUAUAAGAAGGACCUAAGACUGGUUUCUACUGGCCAUAUAAUGAAAUAGGUCUCAAUUUCUUUUUCAUAGUUCCACCCACCUUAUAUUAUGUCAUUUGCUAAUUAUAGAAUAUGUGAAUUCUGGAGAUGAGCACAUGUCCCCCACUAAGUCUUCUGUAUUGUCAGCAUAUAGCGGUUAUCAACAUAGGUUACCUGGUUGUUCAAGAGUAGGGGUUAAGGGGUGGGAGGGCACACGCCUGUGUGUGUGUGUGUGUGUGUGCGUGUGUGUGUGUGUGUGUGUGUGUGCGCGCGUGCAUGCGUGCAUGCGUGCGCAUAUCAGGGUGGCUAACUCUGAUUGGAAAAACAGCUAUUCAUGCAACUCUGAGGCACUUAAAGCUGAGAAAUGCAUUCUCAGGUAUUUCCCUGAGCCCUGCCUAAAAAUAGUCUGAUCUUGCUCUUCUCUAACACUGGCUCCAUCUGAGCCACUGCUGUAAGAAGAGGUUAGUUAUUUUUAGGCAGGCCUCAGAGUAACACCUGAAAGGUGCUCUGAUUCAGCAAAUGCCACAACUAUGACUGUCUGACCUCCCUCAAGCAAAUGAAACUUAUUGGAAAUCUUAACAAACUAUUUCUCUAGCUUUAUGUUGGGGUUAUGUGCUGAUAUCACUCUAACUUGUCCCUCAGACAAGAAACAGUUCAUAAGGAAAAUGCAAGGAAGGAUGUGUCAGGAAGGAGAAUGGCUGCUGAGCUUUGGUGCCAUUUUUUUUUAACCCUUACCUUCCAUCUUGUAGUCAGUACUGUGUAUUGGUUCCAAGGCAGAAGAGUGGUAAGGACUAGGCAGUGACUUGCCCAGGGUCACACAGCUGGGAAGUGUCUGGGGUCACAUUUGAACCCAGGACUUCCCAUCUCUAGGCCUGGCUCUCAAUCUACUGAGCCACCCAGCUCUGCCCCCUUUGGUGCCAUUUUUAAGAACUCCAUUCUGUUUUUUAGAUCUAUCUCUUCAUCUUUUGGCACACUUAAAAUUUCCAUAGAAUCAGUAGAAUGACAGUCCCCCUUCAUUUCUUCUCUGGAUACCAUUUAAAAUAUGAACCCUUGUAGACAAGAAGAUGCUUCAGAAAUUUUCCACAAUCCUGUAUCAAAUCUCUGGGCCUUACUACAUCUUGCAUGAUAGGAACUACUUACUCAUAGCUUUAGACCUGGCAGCUGUGUAGAGAAUGAAAUGGAAAGAGUAAGUGCUAAAAGUAGCAAGACCAGUUAAGUACAGGCAGAGAGAGGAUGUUAAAGAAGAAAAAAGGAGAAAGACUGGAUGUUAAAGGAGAAUUAAUGAUUUGGUGGCUGAAGGUGGUAAGAAAGAUCAACUCUGAUUUUGGAUAUAGUGAGUUCAGGAUGCUCAUGGAACAUCUCUGUAGAAAUGCCCAGCAGAAGGGGGUGUUACAGGAACAUAAGUAAAUUUGGUAGCCAUUUGCAUAGAAAACUAAACCCAUGACAUCUGAAGAGGUCACUAUGGGAGAGAACAGAGGAUUCUAUUUGGAACCUUAAAGGGCAAGUGCACAGUGGAUAAGUUCACACGCUAGUAAAGGAAUAAAUGAUCAGGCAUGAAAAAAAGACAACCAGAAGAGAGCAGUAUCACAGAUGAGGACAAGAGGAUGUCAGAGAAGGAAGCAGUCAACAGACAAGAACACUUUAGAGGUUAGGAUCAUAAACACAGAGAAGACAAAUGAGAUUUAGCAAUUCCAGAAUCUUUAGGAAUGAAGAGAACAAGAAACAAGUGGGUAAAGAAUUUAGGCUACUUUUUCUCAUGCCUACAUGUACUUGUCUAGAUGUACAUAAAGUUGACAAAGAGAUAUAAAGUGACUGAGAAGAUUUUAGAGACUUAAUGGAGGUUUCUUAAGGAUUCUUAAGGCCAUGGGAGAUGGCCAUGUGUAUAGUUAGUAGGAGAGGACCAAGGAAAAUGAUCAAAGAUGAAAACAGAAGAUUAAGACACCUCCUCAAAGGAUAUGGGAAGAAAAGGAUGGAAGAUACAAGUAGAUGCAUCUUGGCAAGGAGGACCACCACUCAAACAAUGGAAGCCCAGUUCAAUAUAGUUUUUUGAAGCAAGAUUUUUGUCAUCUUUAAUACUUGCAUAUACAGUGAAGGUGGCAAAACCUGUUCAACAUCAUUGGCUUCAAGGUAUCAGCACCAUAUUUGUGCUGCAAAAGCUGAAGAGUAAUAGAUUCUGUACCAGACCCUUGCCUUUACUCAGUGUGUCUCUCUGCCUUAGAUGACUUUCUUGUAAAUGUAGGAUUAUGGGUUUUUAUCCACUGUGUUCUCCCCUUUCAUUUUAUGGGACCUAUCUGGUGGAUAAGUUUGAAGAGGAACACCUCCAUCACUUUUACUGUCAGCGGCUGCCAGAGAAGAGGGUCUGAUCUGCCUUAGCCAUGGGCAACCUCCAUCUCUGGCCACAAGCCUCACAGUGGUAGUAGUGCCUCCAUUGCCAGACAACCAACCCUUAUAAUGAAGAAUAACAGAGAAAGGGAAGACCAAAGCUAUUCAGGAAAAUUAACCAAUAUAUCAGUCAAGUCUGUGAUCAAUCAAGUGUUCCAUGUGCAUAAUCUUCCACCUCAGCAAACAAGGGAGAGAAAUGCAUUCUCAUCUCCAGGACCAAGCAUGGUCAUUCUAAUAACACAGUGUUCCGUUUCA